AUACAUAGUUUGGUGACUAAAUUGAUAUUUAAUCCCAAGUCACCAUUAACUCGCAGCUCCCAACUGAACUGCCGACUCUCCUCUCCUCUCCUCUCAUUUUCCCUUCCCUCUCACACUUCUUCACUUGACUUCAGUCUUCACACACACACACAGCAGCAGCAGUAGCAGAGCACCGCCACUGCGCAACGUGCUCGACUUCUUUCCCCUUUUCCCUUUUGUUUUGUUUGUUUGCUUGGAUUGAUUCUCCUCCAUUUUUGUCGGCAUCGCCACUAAGAUCUAGCUCCUUAUCUCAGCACGCCACUCCCCCACUUGCUUCUAUUCUACUUUCCCAAGCCACAACUAUGAACCGGAGCAGGACGCAGAGUCCCGUCUACGCCCGCCAAUGGGGCUCCGACUCCGGUGCCGGCGUUUCUCCCGUAAUGUCGCCGUCCCGUAUCCCUCACCACGCCCGCUCCUCCUCUGCUUCCUCCGGCCUCUCCACCAUCAAGCGCAACCAGAACUUCGCCGCCAAAGCCGCCGCCCAGCGCCUCGCCCAGGUCAUGGCUUCCCAAACUGCCGACGACGAUGACGACGACCCAGACGACCUCGAUUUCCGUUACAGCGCUCCCCCUCCCCUCUCCAUCUCCCGCACUUCUGCUGCUUCCAAUGCUACUGCUCACCCUGCUCCCAGGAUCGCCAGAUCCCCUUCCCCUGCUAUUCCGCGUAACAUUGCCGAAGAAACUCCCUCAGUUCGCUCCACGUCGGCUGGAAGGUCGGCGACAUCACUCCGAGCAGCAGCUCCGCCGGUUCCUCCCAGUAAAGGGUCAUUGAGAACGGCGGUCUCCUUACCUCCACCUCUGGAGCCGCCUAAAAAUGGCUUUAGGGACAGAAAGAGAUUUUCAUCUGAUGAAGUGCUUUUCAACUCAAAAGAUUCUGGUGACCAGCGAGAGUCGUCUGCACUCCGUGAUGAACUGGAUAUGCUACAAGAAGAGAAUGAAAGCAUGGUUGAGAAGCUGCGAUUUGAGGAGGAAAGAUGCCAAGAAGCGGAGGACAGAGUCAGGGAGCUUGAGAAGCAGGUUGCUGCUCUUGGAGAGGGAGUAUCUUUGGAAGCAAAAUUGAUGAGCAGGAAGGAAGCUGCUUUGCGUCAAAGGGAGGCUGCUCUUAAGGAUGCAAAGCAGAAUGCAGUGGAUAAGGAAAUUGCGACUGUUAGGACUGAAAUUCAAACUGCCAAAGAUGAGGCGUCGGUUGUACUCAGACAACUGCACGGAGCUGAAUCUGAAGUAAAAGCCCUUCGUUCAAUGACACAAAGAGUGGUUUUGACUCAGAAAGAAAUGGAAGAAGUUGUUCUUAAGCGGUGUUGGCUUGCUCGUUACUGGGGCUUAGCUGCAAAAUAUGGUAUCUGUGCGGAUGUUGCUGUGCCUAAGCAUGAAUACUGGUCAUCUUUAGCACCUCUUCCAUUUGAAAUUGUUCUUUCUGCUGGACAAAAAGCCAAGGAGGAAUGCUGGGACAAAGGUGGUGAUUAUGGUGAGAAGGAGAAGAGAAGCAAACUAGCUCCAGAUCUGAGCGACCUAACUGGUGAAGGAAAUAUCGAGAGCAUGCUGUCCGUUGAAAUGGGAUUGAAAGAGCUUGCUUCCUUGAAGGUUGAGGAAGCUAUAGUGCUUGCGUUGGCACAGCAACGGCGUGCGAAUUCUGUUCGCCAAUCAGUCACAGGCAUGUGCUUUUUGAUUUUUUUUUUGCUGCGUUCAGAGCUCAAAUCACCCGGUGACCCAAAAUACAUGGAGGCAUUUGAACUUAGUCCUGAAGAGUCUGAAGAUGUCCUUUUCAAGGAGGCUUGGCUGACGUACUUCUGGGGGAGAGCCAAAGCAAACGGAGUGGAGGAGGAGAUCGCAAAAGAGCGGCUUCAGUCCUGGAUCAACCGGAGCAGGCACUCACCGAGUUCAUACGAUGCUGUCGAUGGUAUUGGAGCAAGGUCUGAUGGAGCUGAGGAAGUUGGGGUUGGAGUAUCGGCUAUGGGAAGCAUCGCGAAGAGAGAUAGAGGAUCUAGACAACUCUUCACGGAGAUAGCCAAAGCAAGGCCAAAGGAAAGAAGCUACAGUGUGUCUAUAAAAGUUCGUUGUUUCUAUUCCUUCUUGUUUCGUGUGAAGAUAGUAGCUAUGCCUAUCAGUGUGUAUUACAUACAUGUCAUGGUAGUCAAUUUGACGGUAACAUGCAAACAUAAGUAGAUAUUCAAACAGACGUUUGAUCCACGUCAAAGAUAUAGUGAUCAGUAACUAGUAUUUUAAUCAUGCACAACCCUUCAUUCCUGUUCCCAGCUGAUC